AUGAAUUUAAAUGGAAUACAAACAUCGUUUUUACUGGUUGCUGUAUUGGCAAUGAUUUUUUCAAAUACCAAUGAGGUUAAUUUAAUUGAAGAAACAAUAUUCAAAUGGGACAAUUUAACUUCAAAAACAAUUCUAGAUAAUGACAAAAUAAUGCCAAAUUCAACUGGUCUACCACAUUCCAAUGAUGAACCAACAAUAAUUUUAUCGAAUUCUUCGCGAGAUGAAAUUAAUUCGAUGAUGAUUGACGAAUAUCUAACUGUUUCAGAUACACAUGUAUCCCCCCGAGUCAAACGGAUACUAAAAGAACUUUUUGGAAACUAUGAACCAUUUUGUUGGCGUCGAUCAUAUGGACGUGGUGCUGGACGAUAUCUUCAUACAUGUCCAGAAAAUGAAAAUGAUCAAGACGGCUUAUUGUGCUAUAAACCGUGCAACGAGGGUUUCAAUGGGGUGGGACCUGUAUGCUGGGAAGAUUGUGGUGAACAAAAUAUGACGUCACUAGGAUUCGGUUGUAUAUCUGUCAAAUCAUCGACGCGACUUUGUCCUUGGUACGAUAAAUGUGGUUUAACCUUCAAAAGAGGAUGUGCAGAAUGUCCACCGAAUUAUACAAACCUUGGCUGUUUAUGUACGCGCGCUUUUUUUCGUAAAAGCUACGGACGAGGUGUGGGCUCAUCAAUGAUUUGUUCGUCGAAUUAUGAACAAGAUGGUUUACUAUGUUAUGAUAAAUGUGAAAAAGAGUACUACGGUAUCGGUCCAGUUUGUUGGCAGUAUUGUCCAGAAAAUCAACCGGUCGCCUGUCUAGCAGGAUGCGCGAAGACAACAAAAGACUGUCAUACAGCUGUGAUUAAUAUGGUACAAUCUGUAGCAGGAGCAUCUCUGAAACUACUACACAUCGUACUGGGUAUACCAUUACUCGAUUUGUUCGCAGUCGAUAUGAUAGCAAAUGCAGUAAAAGGUGAUUGGUCGAAGGUUGUAAAAGACAUGAGUCGAAUUGCUUUGUCAUUUGCUGACAAAGUUUUGCCAGAUCUUGCUAAAAAAUUUUUCGACUGGGGAUUUGGUACAGUUCAGUCAGCAACAAAAAAUGCGAGUUUAUUAUUGACUGUUGCUGCGUUCAAAGACAUACGUGGUCUAUCACCAUUCAUCAAGUUUUUCAGAUUAGAUGGUUUGAUAAAUGCUUUUAAUCACGGAUUGUGUGACCUGAGAGAAGAUGUCGACGAUGUGGAAAACUAA